AUGCCACGUAAAAGGACUCGUACAACCACAACAGCUUCUUGGACAGUGGAUUCAUUAGAAAAUGCAGUAUCUGUCCUCAAAAGAGGAGGCAUUUCGGUGUACAAAGUAUCUCAACAAACAGGUAUUCCUUACAGCACUCUAAAGAAGAGGUACAAUUUAGCGAAAGCUGGCGGUAGUAGCUACAAACACUCUCCUAAGCUGGGAAGAUCCACUGUAUUUAACGUUGCCCAAGAAGAAAUACUGGCUAACCAUCUUCGGACUAUGUCUAAUAAAUUUUAUGGUUUAACAAGAGAACAGUUUCGCAAAGUAUGUUACAGUGUAGCUAAACAACUAGGUAUUGAGAAACGAUUUAACCAAGACAAUCAAACUGCAGGAAAAGAUUGGCUGGCUGGAUUUUUGCAGCGUCAUCCAGACUUAAGUAUUAGAAAGGCAACAUCAAAUCAGGCUGAGCAACCACAUGCUAGCCCUGCAACAAGUCCAUCUAUUUUUUGUGAUCUGCAAAUUGAAACGGAAAUUAUUCAAAGGGAAGCUGCUGUAACUCCAGUUUCUAUUCCAUCGACAUCAUCACACACUAUCAGACCUAUCGCAACUCCGCCCAAUAUUGACUUUGCUAAUGUUGUCUCCAUUGUCAGCCCACUGCCCCAACAACUCAUCUCUCAAAAACAAAAACCGUUGAAGAACAAACAGCAUUCUGAAAUAAUAACAAGCACUCCAAUGAAAGCAGUAUUUGAAGAAAAGAAGAGAAAAAGAACUGAAAAGGAGAAUAAGAUAAAGACAAUUAAGAAAAAUAAAGGAAACUGUGAUAAAGAAAAUUGUGUCAAGGGAAAAUGUGCCAAAGGAAAAUGUAUUAAGAAGAAACAUACCAAAGAUAAAGAGAUUAAAAGCAAGAAGACUACAACCAGAAACACAAGGAUCAGAAAGGCAACAAAAUAUUUGUUUAAAAGUGAUGAUGAAAACUCAUCUCUUGACCAAAUCGACGAAAAUGCUAUCUGCGAUGAUGAGUCAGAAUAUUCUGAAGAGGAGAAUUUAUGUGCAAUUUGUUUAGAUCUUGGAAAAAAUGGAGAGAUGUGGUACCGAUGCAGAAGUUGCGGAAACUGGGCCCACAAAGAGUGUACUGGUAGUGAUAGUCCAGAUACUUAUAUUUGUGCAUUUUGUUUGGAUCCGUAA